AUGGCCCACAACGGAGCAACCUACGCAGACUGCGUCGCCUCCCUCCGCUCCUCCCUCGACUUCCUCUCCUCCUCCGUCGCCGCCCUCGACGCCGGCGUCUCCGACCUCCCCCGCCUCGCCUCCGUCCUCCGCCCGACCCGCCACUUCGAGCUGAUCCCCCAGCCCACCCUCGCCGCCGCCGAGGCCUCCCUGCGCGACGAGAUCGGGCCCCAGAUCGCCCUGCUCCUCGACCGCGCCGACGCUCAGAUCGCCCGCCGCGAGAGGCGCAUCGAGACCCUCCAGGCCCGCUGCGAACUGCUCCAGGGCCGCCUGGCCCGGCCCGAGGCCGACGACGACAACAACGGCGCCACCAAGAAGUACAAGAACAGCAGGGGGGACGCGAAAAGGAAGCCGCUGGGCGGGGAGAGGGCCCUGAGGGCGAGGGCCGUUAGGCAGAGGAGGGAAGGGCUCGAGUACAGCGUCGAGAGGCUCGAGCUGGAGGUCCUGACCAAGGAGCGGGAGCUGAGAAAGAGGCUGGACAAUGCAUGA